CUCUCUCGUGGCGAGGCCAAGGCAGAGUGGUGGUCAUCGAGAGAGAAGCGAGCGAGCAGAGCAGUCUUGGCAAUGGCAAUGGCCCUCUGCCCAGUCCCCAAUCAUCCUUCCCCCUGACCGCCGGACACCCCAUCAUUGCUUCCUCAUACACCACCACACUCGCCUCCUCUCCGCUCCUCUCCGUCCUCUAUAUAUAGGCUCAUCCUCUGCUCCAGCUCAGCCUCCAUCUCCCAUGCACCACCAUCACCACACUCUGCUCUCACCGUUCCGGCAAACACACACACACACAACACUUGAGUCGGCGGCAGAACCAGCCAUGAACGGCUUCUACUCGUCCAUCGCCCACGGCCUCGACGCGCUCCACGGCACGCUGGCCUCGUCGCCGGACGCCGCCUUCAUGUCGGCGCCCUUCCUCCAGCAGGCUGCCGCGCUGCUCCGGUCGCUGCACUCGCAGCUCGUCCACCUCGUGCAGCGUCUCCACCUGCCGCCAGGGGAGAGCUGGCUCGACGAGUACAUGGACGAGACCUCCCGCCUCUGGGAGGCCUGCCAGGUCGUCAAGGCCGGCGCCUCCGCCCUUGACACCUACUGCGCCUCCGCCGCCCGUAUCGACGCCGCGCUCGACGACUGGCUCUGCAACCCCAACCCCCACACCGCCCGCCAGGUGAUGCGUGCGAUCAACGCGCCGCGGCGGCAGGCCGUGGGGCUGGAGCAGGAGAACCGGGCGCUCGCGGAGACCAGGAUCGACCCGGCGUCGCUGCUGCUCGACGACCGUUCACCCGUGGAGUUCAAGCUCAACGCCUUCAACGGCUUCCGGGGGCUGCUCUACGCGCUGCGCAACGCCAGCUCCUUCCUCCUCAUGCUCCUCGUCUCAGGGACCGUCUCCUGCCUCCCGGACCUCGCAUGCUGCGCGCACCCAUUCCGCACCUCGGGCGCCGGCUACGUCUCCUCCAUGGGCCGCCUGCGCCAGCGUGUCGCCGAGGAGAUGGAGGCGGUGGCCGGCGAGCACUCCGGCUCCGGCAUCAUGAUGUACGAGUUCCGGCAGGCUAGGGCCGGCAUUGAGAGCCUCAAGGCAGAGUUCGACAGGGUCGUCGCCAUGGGGUACGGCGACCCUGGCGAGAUCGCCGAGAGGGUGGAGAUCAUCAAAGGAUGGGUCGGGAUGCUGAGGUCAGGAGCCGAGGGCGUCGUCGGCGAGCUGGACGACUUCUUCGAUGAGAUUGUGGAAGGCAGGAAGAUGCUGUCGGACCUGUGCAGCCAUCGCUGAUCCAAGCUCACAAUCUCUACUUCUGCAGCAGCUAGCUGAAAGCCUGAAACAAACAGGGCAUGGUAGAUAGUACAACAAGGCUAACAAAUUAGAAGAAAAAAAUGUGGGUGUUCUUCUCUCUUGUGGUUGGGUAAUCUAAUCUAGCUGCUCUCUCUAGUCUAGCUAUCAUAGCAGCUAGUGUGUCUAUACAUAUGUCCUGCACUGGAAUAUCAUCAUGCCUGUAUUCUUCCUAAGCAGAGCAGGGCAGCAGUGGUAGUGGCAGGCAGUUGGUGCUUAGGCCUAUCUAUUUGUCAGAAUUAGAAUCAGAAUAUAUGUCCAAGUAAUUUUUAGGGCAUCGAUCUUAGAGGAUGAAUUGAUGAUAUAAUAGUUGAUGGUGAAAGGAAGAAUCUGCAUCGGAAAAGGAAAGCAGCUCUUUGCCCUUUUCUCCAACUGGAAAAGUUCUGUGGAGAUGUGGGCAGCUUGUUGGCCAGAGACAAAAAGAGAGUUCUAUAAGGAGUCAAUUACACCACAGGUGUCUGAACUUGGCAAGAAAAAUCAGUUUGGUGCUGAAACUUGUGACAUACAGAUAUGUGGUAACAAAACUUGGCUUCGUAGUGCAGAUACGGUGAAAUUCACGUUUGGAUACGAGAUGGGUGCCGAUGAGGCCCGCCAGCGUGGCGCCGGACCCACUGUCAGUGGCUGCACAGUGCGGGCGAGGGCGUGUGGCCCGGGUUUUCGCGAAACCCCCCCGGAAUUUGUUUACUUCUCACAAAAAAGCCCCGGCCGUCGCACAUAACGCGAGCCCCUCGAUCCCGUAAAUCCUCGCCCGCGAUGCAUCAAAAAAAAAAAAUCCUCGCCCGCGAUCCCCAAUUCAAGAACAGGGCGACGGCUUAGUUCCGCACGACGGCGACGGCGGCACUCCCCUCGGUUCAGCAUGAUGGCGGCAGCGCCGGUGUUCCCCUCGGCUGCGCGCGAAGGCGGCGGCGGCGCUCCCCUCGGCUGCGCGCGAAGGCGGCGGCGUCGCUCCCCUCGACUGUGCGCGAAGGCGGCGGUGGCGCUCCCCUCGGCUGCGCACGACGGCGGCGGCGGCGCUCCCCUCGGCUGCGCAUGACGGCGGCGGCGGCAGCUCUGGCAGAAGGGAUCCCUGACUUCUGAUGGGAGGGUCCGACAUACCUAGGAUGGUGGAUGGAGGGGCGAAGGUGGAGGAGGAGGACGAACCGUGGGCCAAAAUUACCUCCGUUGUGUACUUCAGAAAGCAUCAGGUAAAUCAUCUUCCCUUUUCUCAGAAAAAUUUGUAGGAUGUUAGGUUCAAUUGGAGUUGAACUCAGGAAGAUGAGCUGGACAAGGGUAAGAUGUGCAGGCACUUUGAGUCAGCAGCUAUGCGGGUAUGCAAAGGAGUGGACACUGGAAGGAGAUUUUUGUCAUGCCAAUAUGAGGAGACGUGUGGUUAUGUCAAAUGGAUUGACAAGCCAAGCCAUGGGAGGGGAGGUAAAGAACUGUCAUUGGUGAAGUUGCUAACAACAAAGAGGUGCUAGAGAAGAAGCUAAUGCAGAAAGAUGGUCAGAUAGAAACUAAGGAGAAGCACGGACUUGAGAAGAAGAAGAUUGAAAGGAUGCACAAAGAUCAGUUACAAUCUAGAGAUAGGACGAUUAUGUUUGUUGUGUUCAUGUACUUUGGGUUAGUCGUAAUCAUGUUUGAUGUGGUUGACAAGAAGUAAUGUUGUCAUUGUCCAGUCUAGAAGGUCAUGUAUGUUGCUGAAAAUUUGUAUUUUGCUGAAUAAUCUUUGGUGAAUUACAAAGAAUGUACCUUUUGGUAAAGAUUUUUUUUGUCAAUAUUUUACUGCUUUAGAAUUGAAA